AUUUCAUGUUUUUUCAUUUUAAGGUUUUUCUUAUGUAUAUGGUUAUUCUUGUUUAUUUGCUCAGGGUUACAAGUGAGACACUAAAAACUGAUUUGAAAGUUUUGUGUGUUUGGAUGGUAGACGGGCUGGUAGUUUCUUGACUGUAGGGUGUGAGAGACAGAGAGAGGGUGCUUGUGCUUAUGGACUAUGGACUACUACAGACUGCAGGUCCUAUCAGUAUUUUUUUUGGAUCUUUUAUCUCUAGGCCUGUCAAAUUCAUUAGAAAACCAUCUUCCCGGAAGGUACAGUCUUGGCUGCCUCCUCUAGGAGUCUCUUGAGUAGGCAAAAGAGAAGUUUAGGUGUAGGGAGUGGGUUUCAGCAAUCACUGUGUGUACUCCUACUUAUUCCUUCUAUUGUCAGUAUGAUACUUCUUCCCUCAGCUGUCCUGAGUCCCCAGACCAAAGAAAGACUAGCACCUUUCCGGGUGCUAGUAAUUGGAAUGGCAGUCUUGGAAUCUUUCUGUGUUUUUGAGUUCUUUUUUCAUCCUCAUCUCUGGCGGAGCCUGAUACUUCCAAUUACUGAGUUUUUGGAGAUUCUGUGGUUUUAAGUAGAGCUACUUCUCAGUUUCCCCAUUUCUAGCUUAGGAUUCAAGUUUUCUUGAGUCUGGAGGUUAUUAUUUAUCAUUCUUUGCAGCUUACAUAUUUUUAUUUUCACCAUUUGCUCUUUUAUUUAUUCUUUGGAUUUCUGGUUUUGUCUUGUUUUAAUCUAUUGCUUUUUUAAAGUAGGUUUUACAUGAGAGUAGAGGUAAAUGUGUGUUUAAAUCUGCCUUUUCAAUUGUAUAUCAGUGUUUUUCUGUGUACAAGUAGUUAUUUAUGUGCACUCUUUUUCUUCAAAAUAGGAUUUUACUUUACCACUUUAACCUAUUAUAUGUACAUAUUAUGAAUUGCAUUUUUAUUUUUAAACUUUUUUUCUACAGCAUGAAAUGGGUAGUUUACCUCAGGUUAGAAAUACUAAAGUUAUUGGUAUGUAUAAAGUGAAUUCUGAAGACUAAUGGUAAGACAGGGUAAAAUUGUGGAGUGUUGUAUAUAAUGGGUGGUGAAUGAAUAAUUUGCAUAUUUCCUUUGCACCUUUUAAACAUUUUAAAAUACACUUUCUUUUCCCCCCUCCUUAGGUGCUGUGUAAUGUGUUAAGAGGAUAUUUUAAGGAAUGAUUUUGUCAAAUUUUCAUGAGUUAUGGUGGCUGAAAGAUCAGUUCUAUCUUGUGGGAAAAGAAUUAAAUGGCAGCACAAAAGGAAAUCUAUAUUAAUAGAGUAUUUUAUUAAACUAAAAAGGUUAGAUAAGAACUUUAAACUAACAGUCUCAGCAAACAAGGAGAGAAACCUACUAGCUGUAAGACAUGUUUCAAAUGAAUCGAAGUCCAGUAACUGUAGACUUCAGAAGAAAAAAGUUUUCAAAAUCUUUGUCAAAACAGGUCAGUGAUAAAUAACUCCUCCAGUAAUAGGGCUAGGCCUGAAAACCAUAAUUAAUUGAAAAAUUAACAAAACAGUUUGAACCUGAAUUAAGUUUUUUUCAUAAAAAAUUAUAAAAAUAUCAAAUUAGAAUUAAAUUUUCCUCAGAUUUCUAUUGCCUUGCCCAAAAGUAAAGCAAAUAUCUUUUAGCCUUCAUACCAGCUUUUCUCAUGUCCUAGGGAUGACUGAAACCUUAUUUGAAGCAAACCAGUAUUUUUGUUGAAAAUGUACAUCAGCCUCAAAGUUGAUUUUUAAGACCUUCUCAGAAUAAUACUAGACAUUCAGCAUUCACACCUACCAGGACACAAAUAUCCUCUCAAAUACUACUGAGAAAAGGAGGACCUUACUCAGGAAUGAUGUCCAUUCAGGAGAAAUCAAAAGAAAAUUCCUCCAGUGUUAUUAAAAAAAGUGAAGAUAAGAAUUUAGAAACACAAAUUCAAGGUUCUCAAACGAAUCUGGCAAAAAAAUCAGGCCCCAAGGAAACUAUCAAAUCACUGGUUAAAUCUUCUAGUGAGAGUAAAAUAAAUCAAUCUGAAUUAGGAACAUGCAUGAGUACAAGGUCAGCAAAAGCGGCAUCCAAUGAUAAAAAAGCUAGCAAGUCCAUUAAUAAAAAUAUGGUGACUGUGAAGGGACAUUCACAACAAGAAUCUACAAAAAAGAAAAAAUUACCUCAGAAAAAGUCAGUGCAUGGAACUCCUAAAUCAAAUGAACAGUUUAACCGGAGGUCACAGAGACUUCAACAGUUAACAGAAGUUUCAACAAGGUCUCUGCGUAAUAGAGAAAUUCAGGGUCAAGUUCAAGCAGCUAAACAGAGUUUGCCACCAAGAAAAGAGCACUGUAACAAUACUCAAAGUAAAUCUAAUAAAGUUAAAACAAGUCAAAAACAUGUGAAAAGAAAAGUACCGGAAAUAAAGUCUGACACUAAAGAGGAUGAAAAUCUAGUAAUUAAUGAAGUAAUAAAUUCCCCCAAAGGAAAAAAACGCAAAGUAGAGCAUCAGACAGCUUAUACUUGUAAUUCUCAGUGUAUAAAAGGAUCUGAAAAGUGUCUUCAGAAGAAUACUAGAAAAGAGGAAACAAAAUCUGUGCCUGUAACUUCUGAGAUAAAAAGAUCAAAAAUGCUUACUUCAGCAGUCUCUAAAAAGAAUGAGAUGAAGAAGUCAGUUCAUACGCAAGUGAAUACUAGUGCAAAAUCCCAAAAAAGUCCACAGCCAUCAGUGCCUGAACAAAGUGUAGAUAAUGAGCUGGAGCAAGCGGGAAAGAGCAAACGGGGUAGUAUUCUCCAGCUCUGUGAAGAAAUUGCUGGUGAAAUUGAGUCAGAUACUGUAGAGGUAAAAAAGGAAUCUUCACAAAUGGAAAGUGUAAAGGAGGAGAAGCCUACAGAAAUAAACUUGGAAGAGACUAAUAAUGAAAGACAAAUACUUCAUCAGAAGGAAACAAAUCAGGAUGUUCAAUGCAAUCGUUUCUUUCCCAGUAGAAAAACAAAGCCUGUGAAAUGUAUAUUAAAUGGAAUAAACAGCUCAACUAAAAAGAACUCCAACUGGACUAAAAUUAAACUCUCAAAAUUUAACUCUGUGCAGCAAAAUAAGUUGGACUCUCAAGUUUCCCCUAAAUUGGGCUUAAUACGAACCAGUUUUUCACUACCAGCCUUAGAAAUGCAUCAUCCGGCAACUCCUAGUACAGUUUUAGGGACAAAACCACCUGAUGACAAAAAUAUAGGUUGCCAGCAGGAAGAAACUAAAGAAAUUAAUUCUGAAGAAGUUAAAGUUAAUGAUGUUACAGUUGAAAUUAAUAAAACUUCAAAAAGGGCUUCUGAAAAUUGUCAUUUGGAUAAUCAGAUAAAACCACCUCCUGACCCACCGUUGGAUAACCAGAUGAAAGAUUCUUUUGAAUCAACACCAGAUAAGAAUUUCAGUCUGUGUUUGGAAUCCAAGCUUCAAAACAAUCCCGUGGGAAAUACCUCUACUGUUUCAGCUUCACUCAAUCAAGCAAAAGUUGAUACAGGAGACAAUAAAUUUCCAGGUUCAACUCCCAAACAACACACUAUACUCAGUAACCAAACAUCUAAGACCAGUGAUAACAGGGAGACACCACCAAAUCAUUCUUGGCCUAAGUGUAAUUCCCAUUUGGAGAUAACAAUUCCAAAGGACUUGAAACUAAAAGAAGCAGAGAAAGUUGAUGAAAAACAGUUGAUCAUAGAUGCAGGACAAAAAAGAUUUGGAGCAGUUUCCUGUAAUGUUUGUGGCAUGCUCUACACAGCUUCAAAUCCAGAAGAUGAAACACAGCAUCUGCUCUUCCACAACCAAUUUAUAAGUGCUGUAAAAUAUGUGGGUUGGAAAAAAGAAAGAAUUCUGGCUGAAUAUCCUGAUGGCAGGAUAAUAAUGGUUCUUCCUGAAGACCCAAAGUAUGCUCUGAAAAAGGUUGACGAGAUUAGAGAGAUGGUUGAUAAUGAUUUAGGUUUCCAACAGGCUCCACUAAUGUGCUAUUCCAGAACUAAAACACUUCUGUUUAUCUCUAAUGACAAAAAAGUAGUUGGUUGCCUAAUUGCGGAACAUAUCCAGUGGGGCUACAGAGUUAUAGAAGAGAAACUUCCAGUUAUCAGGUCAGAAGAAGAAAAAGUCAGAUUUGAAAGGCAAAAAGCCUGGUGCUGCUCAACAUUGCCAGAGCCUGCAAUCUGUGGGAUCAGUCGGAUAUGGGUAUUCAGCAUGAUGCGUCGGAAGAAAAUUGCCUCUCGCAUGAUUGAAUGCCUAAGGAGUAACUUUAUAUAUGGCUCAUAUUUGAGUAAAGAAGAAAUUGCUUUCUCAGAUCCCACUCCUGAUGGAAAACUCUUUGCAACACAGUACUGUGGCACUGGUCAGUUUCUGGUAUAUAAUUUUAUUAAUGGACAAAAUAACACUUAAAACAAAUUCUUGCCUCUUGCUUGCAGUACUAGAAGACAUCUACUGAAGAGAAUGGAUUGGUUGCUGACUUUAACCAGGAACUAGGGCCAUUUUUAUUACAAUGAACUCAGGACUGGCAACAACCAUAAGGUUGUUCCAUUUUCAUAAAAUUGGAAACAAUGCAGUAAUAGCUUAUUAUUGUUUUGUUUUUUAAAGAAGAUAUUUUAUUAUCUUUUACAGAAAUUUAUGAUUGAUGUAUUUUAUCUAUAGUUAUUUAGACAUGUUUACAUGCAGCAGAUAAUUGUUCAUAGUGGACUGAAAACUAAUGCAAGGACUAUGGUCUCAGUGAUAAGUAUAUUUUGAAGUUCUUAAUAUGGAAAUAUACCAGUGUAGCUUGGUACUGUAUUUUUUUAUAUUGAUCUGCUGAUACCAGUUAUAGUUUUAAAGAUUGUAUUUUUACAGAGCGGAAAACAAUGUUUUUGAGUUACUAUUCAAGAGGGUGCAAUAUUGCCUAUUUAGGAAUUCAAAGCUAAUUGUUAAAGGGUCUGAAAUACAUUUUGAAGGAACCCCUGCAAAAAAGCAAAGUUCCAAAUAAGCAGGAAUAAUUUGGAAUAUUGAGCAUUUUCUUCCAUUUCUUUCUUUCCUAUUCUUGAUGCAGGAGGAAGUGGAAGGUGGUAUAGAAUAGAGGCUUUCCUUCUUGGAGAGCUUUAUUGUAGUGACUAGAAUUAGAAAAUACCCUCUAAAGUUUAUUAUUCUUUCAUUCUGGUUUUAUUUCUUAAAAUAAAUGUUAAUUGGGUACACUUAGGCUAGUAACAGAUCCCAAAGAGGUUUUAUAAAAACCUGUGGAAUAGUUGUAAGCUAACUAUGGAUGACUUGGUAUCUGCUUUGUUAUUCCUCAGAAAUACUACACUGAGUAUAUGCCUGCGUUACUGGACUUCAUUUUGAUACUUGUCUAUCCUUCAUAGUGCCCUCUACUUUAAAGGGUUUAUAUGUUGAAAAACUGCUGUGGCCUUUUAUGACCUUGUAUAUAAUGUAGAAUAAAAUAAUAAAAUACUUGAUAGCUUUUUCUAAGUGAUAAAUGUGAUGACAGUGUGUUGUCAUUUGUGCUUUUUCAGGGAGUUAAAUUUGAUACCUUAAAAUAGAAUUAAAAUAGUGGCUUCUUAAAAGUUUCACCAUUUUGCCAAAGGAUCAGUAUGUCAGUAACAAUUCUGAACUUGGUCUUCAAAAAGCAAAAUCCUAACAUGGAAAUAUUCUGAUCUUUUGAAGAAAGAGCCAUAGCCCAAGAAUGAAGCACCACUAUGGUCUAACAUAGAUUAUUUUUAUGAGCUGAAAUGAUAAUCAUAUCUUCAUUAAAAACCAGCUGAAAUUUAGAGCUUUAAAUUAUCAGGUGUGUAUUUUAUCCCCCUAUAGAUGUAUGCUUUUCACAUUUAUAGAGUGGUAUAAGGCUCUGUACUGUUCUUUGUAGGGGUGUAAAUAUUUCCCUUUGACUCAUCAUAAUGGUCUGACUUGACACUCCCUUGCCUUUGAACUUUAAACUCUUACAGUCACCCCUGGUGUCAUCAUUUGCCUGACAGGGACUGUAACUUUUUAAAAAGAGCAUGCAAUUUUCGUGUAUAGUAUAGAUGCUCUAUUAACUGUUAAUCUCAUAAUACAGAUCCAGUUUGCAUAGAAACAUGGUAUGCUGCUUUGGGGAGCCAGAGUUGGUGUUUUCUAGGGGACUUGGAAGUAGAUAAUAUAUAUCUAUUGGUUGGUUUAAAUGUUACAAUUACUAGGAAGACUGUUUUCAUGUUUAUAUUGAAGAAACAGCCCCUCAAAUAACUUUUACAAUCUAGGUGUUUCUGUAAGAAUAGCAUUAGUAACAUCUAACUUUUGAGUGUUUGCUAUGUGUCACACCUUUAAUAUAGUGCUGCAUUAUUUUAUUUAAUUGUCAUGACAACUCAAGUGAAGAAUCUGGAAUUUAGAGAUUAAGAGACUGCUUUAUAGGAGUCUGGGUGAAAAAUGUUGAAACACUGAACUAAAGUUAUGAUGUGUUGAUGAAGAUGAGGAAACACAUAAACUUUGAGGAGACAAAAUGGAAGAAUCGAAAGAGUUGAUAACUGGCCAGAGAAGGAUCAUGGCAAAGAAUUUAGGGUAAUUUGGAAUUUUGAGUAACUGAAUAGAUGGAUUGGCUCAGAAGGGAAUACUGGAGAAUUACUGGGAGAAUUGGACUAGGAAGGAUGAGCUCAAUUUUGGUAAAGAUUUUGACGUGGUUGCAGAAUCUCCAAGGGGAGAUACCUGUUUGGUAUAUAAUUGGAUAUGUUGAUCUAGAGUUUGAGAGAAGUUUGAACUAAGGAAAUUUAAUAAUUAUUCAGAGGUUUAGAGGAGAUGUCCCCACCCUGAGGUUUGUAAAAUGACAUGGUAGGAGAGAGUUGUGAGGAAUACCAUCAUUUAAGAGUCUUGAAGAAGAGUACCUGGGAAGAGGUCAGAGGAUCAGAAGAGAGUGGUAGAAACCAAAGGAAGAGUUUCAAGAAUCAGGAAUGGUCAGCACUGUCAUAUCACAAUUGAAGGCUAAAGAGUGACACUAGAAAAAGAAGAGUGGUCUUUUCAGAGUGGUGGAGGCAGUAAUGGACACUGUGAGUAUCCACUAAUGGCCACAGUCAAACUUCAAAAUAAGUUGAUUCUGUAAUUGUGAUGAUCUAAAGAUGCCUAUGAAUUUGUCAGCUGCUCUUGAGUAGUUGUUGGUUCAUUAUAAAAAUACCUGCUGUAUAGAUGUUCUAGAAACUACAAGUAUAGACAGGAACCACAAGGUUUUAUGGGUUAUGCCCUUGUUUACAAGGACGUGCAGUGUUUUUAUUUUACAAGAAUUAUUAAAAAAUCAGUAUUUUA